AUGAAUCAUGGGACUGUUAAGAUCACCGUCAAUUUCGGCAAAAGGAUUAUUGAUCCAAAAUACUGCAAAAUUUCACAAAACGUACCUAUGGGAAUAGAAGCUACAGAAAAUCUACAGUUUAAUGUUAAUGAUCUCGCAACUUGUGACAUGUCAACUUCAAGUUCCGUUGUAUCAUCCAUUUCAAAUCCAAGUGAAUUUCUUUCACCAAAGAAACUCUACCAUAAUGAAACCCAUCAUUUUCUCACUUCUGACACUGUACAUCCCAAAGCUCGUUUGUUUAAUGAUCUUUAUGGUAAUUCAACAAAUACAACGCAAUUUCAGUCUUCGUGCUGUUGUCAUAUACCUUAUUCAAAUGGUCGUAUCAAAUCUGUAAGCGUGGAGCAUUUAAGAUGCAUAAAACAAACUUCUGUAGACAGUUCAAAACAAACAAGUAGUCUUAAAAGUUCAUUCAUAUCUUGUGAUCGGUUAAAUACAACACCAUUUACGAAUACAAAUAUUCCAGUUGGAUCACGUUCAUCUGGAGAUGGUCAGACAGAUGAUGAAGAAGAAUUAAACGGAUUUAAUUACCCAAUUACUCUAGACAGCUUUCAAUCAAAAAUCAAUCCUACUUAUUUGAAUUCCCCAAAUGAAGUAAAAUUUGACUUAGGCCCUCACUCUAAACUAUGUUCACCGUUGACGUCUUUUGCACAUGAUCAGAUUAAUACUAAACAGCUACUUCUUCCAGGUCGUUCCACUUUUGAAAAAAAUCUGGUUCGAGAAGUAGCCUACUUUGAAAUAUGUGAAUUCUUAAUUGGACAGAUAGAAGAAAUUUAUGAUAUGGAAAACUGCAAGUUUUUGAAUUCUGUUUACAACGAUAAAAAUGAAGAUAAAUCUUUCCAAAUUCCUACUGACUAUCAGGUCCACAAAUCAAACACUUUACCUUCAAGUAUGCUGUCGUCACGUAUGACUUUGCUGAAUGUUACUGACCAAAAUUUACCUAAUCCAUUAAUAAAUUCAACAUUGCAUAGUCAAUCUAGUGAAAUAUAUAACUUCGAGAAUUAUGUAGACAGUGCGAUUGGACUGGCAGUUUCACUAGUCAAUACGUGUAUACAAGAAACUGCUCAAAAUGAAAAACAAGAAAUAAUUUUGUCUACAUUUUUAAAAUUACAAGAACUACUUCUCAAAACUUCUAAUAUUAACUGGAUUCGUUGUAAUCAAGAGUUCAUUAAAUCGCCAAGAUCAAUGACGUUUAAUUGUGAUAUUGAAUGUAAGAACUUUUCCAAAAAUAAUCGACUAUCAAGUGCACGUAGUAAUUCAAUGCAAUCAGAUUCUCAAGACAAAAGAAGAUGGAACACAUUUCAUCCUUCAAAUUCAUUGCCUCAGUCAACUAAUUCAAAAAAAUCCACCGAAUCGAUUAUGCGAUCUGAUUAUUCCUUGCCAAUUUUAAGCCCAUCUAGUUCAGCUCUUGGUCAUACAAGAAUGAGUUCACAACCUAUCACAAAUAAAUUAAUUGAUAACUCAAUUAUUAUCAUCGAUGUACCUUCAAAGAAUGUUAAUAGUAAUAAUGAUAAUGGUAUGAAUACUAACAACAGAUCGUCAAUUUCUUUAAUCAAAGGAUUUAACAUGAGAUCUGAUGGUCAAAACUAUCCUACAUUGUCAUCAUCAUUAUCAUUGUCGUCAACUUAUGAAUGUACACCUUUACCAUAUGGAUUAUUGAUCAAUCCACCUAUUCAAAAAUCUAAACGUAAAGAAAUUCUUAUCAGUCAAAAUAACCGAUGUGCUGGUUGCGGUGCUUUCAUUGAAACGCAGUAUCUUAAAAGAAUGCGUUUUUGUGAAUUUUUCGGUCGUUACUUUUGUUGUGUUUGUCAUUCAAAUACACUUAUGACUCUUCCUGGAAAUUUAGUAAACUGGUGGGAUUUUCGCAUGUUACCAGUUAGUAAUUUUGCACGAGAUCGACUUCAUCAGCUGCAUAAUCAACCUUUACUGAGAACCAUUGAUUUCAAUAAACAAGUUUUAAAUCGUCACUCUAAUCUUUCGAAUUGUUUGACUUUACGUAAACAAGGGAAUUUGAUGUUACCAUUCAUUCAACGGUGUCAAACAGCUCAACAAUUAAUUGAUUUUACCUCCAUUCCAAAUCAUUGGUUUAAAUCACCAGAUUUAUGGACCAUGGCUGAUUUGCAUUCUGUGCAUGAUGGACAAUUAUCAUUAGCUUUACGUGGAUUACUCUUACCAAUAGUAGAACAUAUAUCAAUAUGUACACGAUGUUUAGCUCGUGGUUUUAUUUGUGAAAUAUGUAAAUCUGGUCAAAUUCUUUUUCCAUUUGGUCAAGUUAAUACUGUAGUAUGUUCCGGUUGUUCAGCUUGUUUUCAUCGUUCAUGUUUACGUUCGCCAAAUCCAGAAACAUGUCCUCGGUGUAUUAGACGUGCAGUUAAACAAGAAUAA